GCCAAGUUCACAUGGCUGCCCUUAACCUUACUAUUUUCUAUUUUGUUGUUGUUGGUAGUGUUUACGAAUCAAUAAUAUCUGUGUCCAGAUGUUUGAAAAAGUAUUUUAGCGUUAUUUAAAUAACUUUGUUCCUCUUCUUUUAGUUCCCUCUUAUAUUGUGUUUCCGAGUUUUCAUCAUAUAAUCGUUUGUUCAGUUCGCGAACGCAUAGUUCGGGAGAAUCGGGAGUGUUCUCAAUGUCUUUUUCUGAUUAAAUGAAGAACUCCUAACAGUUGUGCGUUGUGAGACAACAAAAGCGAUAAGACUACUAAUUUCUUAUAUUCAGGUCUAACGGUUGCUGAUCGACUGCUCAAAUCUACAAUUUGAUAUUUCUGAGGCUGAUAGUACCUACAUCCAAAAAUAAAGGGCAGUUCAAUCAUGGAGGAAACUGAAGCAAGACUUGGAACUCAACAAAUAUCAGAGGCCUCAGAUUUUUUAUUUCUACCAUUAGAUAUUUUCAUAGUAGCCUUAAUAGUGGGAGGAAUUAGUUGGUACUUGUUAAAUAAGCACAAGAAAACUAUCACAGUAUCAAGCGGGAGGUCAUAUUCUAUACAGCCCACAUCUAUAACAUUACAAAGUCCAUCGGACAAUUCGUUUAUAAAGAAAUUACAAACUUCUGGUAGGAGUCUAGUCGUAUUUUAUGGUAGCCAAACAGGAACAGGAGAAGAAUUUGCUGGCCGGUUAGCCAAAGAAGGAGCCAGAUAUAGGUUGAAGGGUAUGGUAGCAGAUCCUGAAGAAUGUGAUAUGGAAGAACUAGUUAAUUUGAAAAACAUCCCAAACUCUUUGGCAGUUUUUUGCCUAGCUACCUAUGGUGAAGGUGACCCAACUGACAAUGCCAUGGAAUUUUAUGAAUGGUUACAAAAUGGUGAUGCUGACCUUAAUGGACUGACAUAUGCUGUUUUUGGAUUAGGAAAUAAGACGUAUGAACAUUAUAACGAAGUAGCUAUUUACGUAGACAAACGACUUGAGGAACUAGGUGCUACUAGAGUUUACGACCUUGGACUUGGAGAUGACGAUGCGAACAUCGAAGACGACUUCAUCACAUGGAAGGACAAAUUCUGGCCUGCAGUUUGCGAACAUUUCGGCAUCGAAGCCACAGGAGAAGACAUCAACAUGCACCAAUACAGGCUCGAAGAGUUCGAGGAAGCUCCGGACAGGGUGUUCGUCGGAGAAAUGGCGAGGUUGCACUCGUUGAAGAACCAACGACCACCCUAUGACGCCAAAAACCCCUUCUUGGCCAAGAUCAAAGUCAACCGUGAGCUGCACCAGCAGGGCGACCGCUCUUGCAUGCACAUCGAGUUCGACAUCGAAGGAUCGAAGAUGCGCUAUGAUUCUGGCGACCAUCUUGCCGUCUACCCAAUAAAUGAUGCAGAACUAGUUGAGAAGAUCGGCAAGCUGUGUGGGAAGGACUUGGAGACUAUUUUCACGCUGAUCAAUACGGAUGAGGAGUCGAGCAAGAAGCACCCGUUUCCGUGUCCGUGUUCGUAUAGGACGGCACUCACGCACUAUUUGGAUAUCACGCAGAAUCCGAGGACCCACGUUCUCAAGGAGUUGGCAGAGUACUGCACCGAUGAAGCGCACAAGGAAAAAUUGAGGCUUAUGUCGAGCACUUCACCCGAGGGAAAGGCUCUUUAUCAGUCGUGGAUCAUUGAGGACAACAGGAAUAUCGUACACGUGAUAGAGGAUAUGCCUUCUUGCCAGCCCGCUUUGGAUCAUCUCUGUGAGCUCUUGCCGAGACUUCAGCCUAGGUACUACUCGAUUUCCUCGUCUUCCAAGCUAUACCCCAACACUGUUCACAUCACCGCCGUAGUGGUAGAGUAUGACACGCCCACUGGCCGGCACAAUAAGGGCGUGGCCACCACCUGGUUGAAGGAGAAGGUCCCUGAUCCGGAGAAAGAGGCGCCCGUCGUUCCUGUCUUCAUCCGCAAGUCCCAGUUUAGACUUCCGACCAAAACGCAGACGCCAAUCAUCAUGAUCGGCCCAGGAACUGGUCUGGCCCCCUUCAGAGGCUUCAUCCAGGAGCGCAACCUCUCCAAGACCGAGGGCAAGCCGGUAGGUGAGUCGGUGCUGUAUUUCGGGUGCCGCAAGCGCAGUGAGGACUUCAUCUACGAGGAGGAGCUGCUCGAGUACGAGAAGAACGGGCUGCUCACGCUGCAUCUGGCCUUCUCUAGGGACCAGCCCCAGAAGGUGUACGUCACGCAUCUGCUGCAGCAGCAGGCUGAUGAGGUGUGGCGGGUGAUCGGCGAUAAUAACGGCCACUUGUACAUUUGCGGAGAUGCUAAAACGAUGGCUUUCGAUGUCAGAGCUAUUCUUAUCAAAAUUCUACAAGAAAAGGGCCAGAUGACUGAACAACAAGCUUUGGCCUACUUGAAGAAAAUGGAAACUCAAAAACGAUUCUCCGCUGAUGUGUGGAGUUAA